AUGUCACAAUUAGAGAAAUUAACAGUAUCUCUUUAUGUUCAUGGUCGAACUUCGUUUAUUGAUGGUACUCAUCUGAAUAAUAAUAUUAUUAGUAAAAUGCCCUAUCUACAUAGAUUGAAUUUUGAUAUUAUCACCGAAAUUGUCAUAAUCAAUAAUGAAUAUUUGCCAACAUCUGAUGAUGUUCGACGUGCACUCAUCGAAAAAGGAUAUAAUGUUGAUUGCUAUGUUGACUAUCGUGGAAUUGAAAGAGGUCGAUGUCAUAUUUACUCGGUUUCCUUUACUAUGGAACGUAUGUAUGUAAUUACUAACAAAUUUCCUGAUGGUAUAUUUAUGAAUGUUCUUAAGGUAUAUGUGAGUGAUUCAAUGCAUUCACUUGAAUAUGAUUUCUUCGUUCGAAUCUCACAAGCAUUUCCAUUACUUGAAGUUUUAACUGUGUUAAGUACUGUUAACCAACAGAAACCGACAAAUGAACUAGAUGAAUAUGAACAAACGUUUUCAAUUAUUAAAUAUUCUCAUCUGAUGAUACUCGAUCUAAUUUCGUCUCAUAUCGACUAUUCGAAACAAUUUUUCGUUAAGGCAAGUUUACCACGCCUUAGUACACUAGAGAUUGACUAUGAACACUUGGUAAAUGUAACAGAAGAUUUUACAAAUAAUACAGCUCGUGCUAACUGUGCAAAUUUAAAAAAUAUUAUUUUCCGUAAAAAGCCAAGAAUCGUUGGAAAAACAUUUUUUACUUAUUUUCCUCUUGUUUUAAAAAUAAAUCAAGUCGAGAACUGUUGA